AGAAUCUUCUUGCUUGCUUGAUCCCGAUCUCCACGUUGACUCUGAUAUAGCCAUGGAGGAACUAGGGGACGGCAGGUCGAUAUUCGAAGCGACGUCAGUAUGUCGCCAACGUCUUAGAGAAUGUAUCGACAAACCAGCUUUGAUGGCCGACGAAUGGUCCCGGAAACGGCUCGCUGACUUUAAUCUUUGGGCCUCCGACUCCGGCGCCUUAGCCAAGAAGCGUGCAUCCUUGGACCAGAGACUGGCCGACAAACAUACGGUGCGCGAGGUUAUCCUUAACCUUCUCAGUCUCCUUGAGAGCCUACUCGCACGCUGUCAAAGCCUAGGUAGGGUAGCCCUUUGGAUGAGUCUACGGGCGAGUAAGUAACUGUCUGGAAGCAUCAGAGACGCCCGGAGACGGAGAUGAGGAGACAGAGCUCUCACAAAUGCUUGAAAAUGUCCAAGACAUCAUGGCCCAGCUGGUCAAAAUCUCAGUUGCCAUCCGCGGAGCGGGCUUGCGGGCACGCUUCGAAAGGGCUGACGACUCAUUCAGUCCUGAGCGCCAUGUACAACUCAAGAGUCACUUGGAAUUCCUGGUUCUAGCUGCAUCUUUGGAGCAAGAUCAAAAGCAAAGGGGAAACAUCCACCUCGUGCUGUCUCGAAAUAUUACAGACAUUGCACAGCGGUUGAUCGUGGCUAAUUUGCUCAGGCGCCACCGUUAUCUCUAUGCCCGACGACGUUGGACGAAACAAGCAGCCGAGCACGAGACCGUUGCAGAGCCAAGGCGAGCAUCAGAGCACAAGACGCCGUCAAGUCAGGCCCAAACGCCACUGGCGUCGCGCCCCGCCUUGGUCUCGGGGGACGAGGUCGAUGAACCAAAUAUGCAACUGUCAGCGCCUUCAGUCAUCACCAGCACCGUCCCGACAGCCAUACAAGGCCCAAUCCAGCUACCACACGAAGGUAGACAGUUAUCCGCGACUGCUCCGUCGUCGACAAGUUCGAAAACUGUGUACCCCAAACCCCCAAAGAUCAGCGAGGGUGCCAUGUUCUUCCGGUGCCCCUGCUGCUUUCAAACACUCCCUGUCACAUUCGCAAAACGUUCCCGGUGGAGGAAACAUCUUGGCGAAGAUAUCCACCCCUAUACUUGCAUCUUGAACGAGUGCCCAAAACCCCUGCAAUUAUACCUCACACGCAAAGAAUGGGCACAGCACAUGCGGGAAGACCACGAAGUAUCCAAGUACUGGUUGUGCUCCGCCUGCCUUGAGCCGACCCGAUUUGACCUCGAGAGCCACUUUGAUACGCAUCUCCGAACUCAGCACGGGGACGUCGUCGAGGAAAAUCAAAUUCCCAUCUUCGUGUCUAUGUCGACCUACACAUCGCCGCCGUCCCUCCUCACCUGUCCCCUCUGCCCACCGCGACCUGACGACGAAGAAGUCGAGCCCGAUGCUAUUCUGGAGCACGCUGCCGAACAUGUUCAUUCAUUCUCACUCCAGUCGCUCCCUUGGCCAAUUCCGGAGGAGGGGGAGCGAGAAUACUUGGGGGCAUGCCCGGACGACUUCUUGGAUGGCGUCAAUUACUUUGACAUUGCCUCAGAUCCAGCCAGCGCUGAUGACUCAUGGUCUUCUAACUCGCAAGAGAGCCGCGACUCUAACGAGCUAGGAGAAGCGUCAGACCUGGUCUUCCAAGACCAAAACCCUGAUGUUCCGUGGGAGCCGUACCGCGGCGAGGAAGAUUCCUCGCAAGUUUCCUCCGAUAGCCCUCCUUCGAAAAUGGAAGACAUCGCCGUUCGUCUCGCCACGGCGUUGAAAGACAACAGUCGCCGGCCCGACACGGAACCGCUGAUUGAUAUCCUCCCCGGGCUGACGCACGAGCAGAUAAUGGAGCUGCGGCGUGAGUACAAACUACUGGUGAGGGUAGGAGCUGAACAGAAGGGUGUGAACAUCGCGAAGCACAUACGCCAACGUCUUCAGCCCGAGGACGAAAACCUCAUGAAGGCAUGCUACGCCACGGCACUGGGGCGGUGGGAGUCGGAGGCGUACUGGGUAAAUAUCUGGUACCAUAACGACAAAGUGCGCCACGAGCUACUGAUUGAGGUGUUGAUGGGCCGAACGAAUAAUGAGAUUCGUUUGAUUAACGACGGGUUUCGCGAUAAGAAGUAUGGCGAUAGUCUGACGGGGCGCGUACGUGCAGAGCUCACAGAAGCUAAGUUCAAGAAGCUCAAGAACGCGGUGCUCCUGGUACUGGAUGGAAAUCGUAUGGAAGAGAUAAGCGCGUCCGGACGAGUCCUGGAGGUCGACCAUGAUUUAGUGCGUCGUGAUGUCGAGCGGCUGAAUGAGAUAUUAUACAGCAACGAGGACAAGGAGACCCUGAUACUCUCAAUCGUUACACAACGAAGCGACCGACAUCUAAGGGAGGUGCUCAAGCUAUAUACGCAGACAUUCGGGGGGGUGAACUUCGCAAUGGAGGCGGUAAAGAAGACUGGGGAUUUGGUUGGAGCAGUACUGGCACACAUCCUCGACGGCGUCAUAAACAAGCCGCUGCGUGACGCCAUGCUACUCAACCAUGCGUUAAUAGCACCUAGGCGUGAUACUCUGCGUCGCGUCCUGCUCAUCUCGCGCCUCGUACGUUACCACUGGGAUAGCGCCUACAUGACGGCCGUUAAGGAAGCUUACUGCAAACGAUACGAGAAAGAUCUACAGGAAGAGGUGCGCGAUGCCACGACCGGCAGCUUUGGUGCCUUUUGCGAGGCAUUGUGUGUCCCGCGCGUACCAGAUCAUGUUGCGAGGGGAAGAUCCCACAACCAGACGGGGGAGAGCCGGUAGGACAGUUUCGGACCGCGGCACACGUUUUGUUAUACCUUAGGAUGGAUACCCAAGU